CGGUUCGGCAGCUAUUGACCCCAGCUUGGUCAAGGUAUAAAUCCAUGAUCAGGCUGCAACUUUAGGCGCACCUCCGACAUUGACACCCUCGACCCUUGCCUUCAGCUUGUUAUAGAGCCGUAACUAUGGAAACUACAGAAGACAUCUUUCGUGCGUAUACUGCGGCACAGGGCCAGAAUUACUCAAUAGUACGCCCUGGCUAUUCUCCAGAGCUCUUUAAAAUCAUCAUCAAUCAUCACACUUCUACCGGUGGCCAACUCCAUACCGUCGUUGACGUCGGCUGCGGCCCUGGCCAAGCCACCAAAGACUUGGCUCCCUUCUUCAAAAAUACCAUCGGCCUGGACCCAUCGGAGGGCAUGAUUGACACCGCGCGCGCUUCCGCCAAGUCAGCGAAUUUGCCUAUACGUUUUGAGGUAUCAUCUGCCGAAGCCCUUGGUAUCGACUUGGAGCCGCCGAUCUCCGAUUGCAGCGUCGACCUGGUCACCGUUGCCACAGCGGCCCACUGGUUCGACAUGGCAGGCUUCUGGAAAGCGGCGUCGCGCAUCCUAAAGCCUGGCGGUACCGUUGCGAUUUGGACAAGGUCUGGGGCGGAGAUAAACACCACAAAGACGCCGAACGGGGUUGCAAUUCAAGCCGCUGUUGAAGAAUUCUAUAAUGGCCUACGGCCAUGGGCGAGGGCAGGUAACAGAUUGACUCACGAUCUUUAUAUUGACCUACCACUACCUUGGACACUUGAAACCCCAGUAGUAGAGUUCGAUAAAGAUAGCUUCGUUCGGAAAGAGUGGAAUAAGGACAAAAAGGGCGUGGAGAACGAUAUUAUUCGUACAGGAGGUCCGGUUACACCCGCCCAGUUUGAGAAAAUAAUGGGUACAUCCAGCCCGGUAACUCGAUGGAGGGAAGCUCACCCAGAAAAGGUCGGGACAGAGGAAGAUGUAGUAAGGCAGCUGAGAAGGCGAAUCGAGAGCCUUUUACACGAAGCUGGCAUCAAACCUGGCGAAGAGGUGCUAAAUGGAGAAGUAGCAAUGGUCUUGUUGCUAGUGAAGAAAAUUUAGGAAAGGCUAUCUCUCAAAAAGGUCUUAAUGUCGCCACCAAAACAUGACACUGGACCGACUAUGCACCAUGGUUACUGAGAAAAUAGAUACAUCGCCAUUUUUGAACAAAAUAGAGUAUGUUUUAGCACAGACACAGCCAAGAUGGAAUUUCAAACUGACAGGCAGGAGUAUUAUACUACCACUGUCACCUCUCUCACAUCGUAUCCGCUGGGUUGUAUAUACGAACAUUCCCAUCUA